UUGAUCAUUGGAGACUUUUCAUUAAGUGUUGAGCAAGCCAAGGCUCAGAUGGCAAUGUGGUCAAUCUUAGCUGCUCCUCUGCUCAUGUCUAAUGACCUUAGAACCAUAUCCCCUGAAUUCAGAGAGAUUCUUCUUAACAAGGAAGUGAUUAAAAUAAACCAAGAUCCAAAAGGGCAAAUGGGGAAGCGUGUCUUGCAAACAAAGUCACAUAUGGAGGUAUGGACACGAGAGCUAUCAUCAAAUUCAUUGGCUGCUGUUAUCUUUAGUCGCAGUCAGAGCAUGCCUGCUAUUUUUGAGACCACACUAGAAACUCUGAAGUUUUCUGCACCAAAGGGUUAUGACUUGUUUGAUAUCACUGAUAACAAACCCCUGGGACACUUCUUUCUCAAUGAAACACUAGCCAUUAAAGUCAACCCUAAUGGUGCUGUCAUGUUUAAGGCCACACCCACAACUUAGAGUUUAUUAAAAUACUUGAACAAGGGAUGUGGUCUACUCCAUCCCAUCCUGAGGUCUAAUUUUUUCAAAAUUAUAAAAAUUUUAGUUUAAUUUUUAAAAUUGUGCUUUUAUUCAAAUGAAUUAAUUUGGUAGUAAUGUAAUUUUUUUAUGAAUGUUAUUAAAAUGAAGUCCCUUCUGAUUUGUAUAGUUAUCCCCAAUUUCUUUUGAAUUCAAUAUUUCUGCCCUGUAUGCAUACCUGUAAGCCUAUGUCAUAAUGUAGGGUUGCUGUACUUUAGACAAGUUGAUAUUUAGCAAUAGGAGUUUAUUGGUUUAGACACAGCAUUUCCUUAGGGUAAGUGAUAGGGCAUGCAAAUUUGAGCAGUAUUUGACAGAUGUAAUAAUAUUAAGCAAAUCCAACAGAAUUAGUAUUUGUUUAUUUUAACACUAUUAAGAUAUGGAAACUGAAUUAGUUAUAGUUGUUAUACUAUGUAAAUAUAUAAAUUUCCAAUGUCAAUACUAUUUUACAUUUUUUCAGUCUUUCAGCUAAAACCACAAGGUUUAUAAUACAAAAAGAAUAUUCAAUUAUCUUGAUAUCUUGUACUUAAGAGCAUUAUCUACUAGAAUAACAAGCUGAAUGUGCCUUCUUAUACCUUUUGACUCUUGUUCUUGUUAAUUAUACAUUUAUAUUUUGAAUAAUUUUAUAUUUAUGAUCAGAAGUCAAAGAGAAUAGAUCAAUGAUUAAACAAGUAAUUUCCAUUUAACUUUCUUAAAUACAGUAUAUAAAUGAGGCAAAUUACAUUAUUUAAUAGUAUUUUUAGCUUGGACAGACAGUUCAUCUUUAAUAAUGACAGACUAAACAGUUCCCAUUUUUAUUGAUUUCUAAACAAAAAUCAUGAAAUUAAUAUAGUAUAUAACAGAUGUGAAUAGCAAUAUUAAUAAACUAAAGAUUCAGACCUAAA